UGCUUACAACCAUAACAUACAAAGUUGUUGAUUUUAAAUUUUCUUAAGUGUUUCUCACGCAGAAGUUGUCGUUUACAUAACUAAGAUCCUUUAUUUCUUCAAUAGUAGCCAGUAGCGAGCAUGUCCCACCAUGAGGUUCCAUGGCGUGGGGCUUCACGCACACUAGGGACGGGCGACAGCGUCUGGCGAGCGUGCUGCGCGCGCUACUGAUCGCUCAGCUGGUCAUCUCGCUGGUGCUGGUGAUCUUUUGCUACAACGUCACUUUCAAGGUUAUGUCGCUGUUGAAGCAUAUACACAGGUACACAGUAUUCCUCCUCUACGGCCUCAUCCUACUCCAAGGGUACUGCAUGAAGCUGCACUACACGGCAGGGUUCCGCCUGCUAUCGUGGCUGCUGCGGUGUCCACACUGGCCGAGAGCAGCACUGGUCACCAAGCUGUGGAUCGUCAGCGGCUCGCUGGUCGCUCUUAACGGCUUGCUGGUGCACGCUGCUUGUAAGAGCACUUUGAAGGCCCUAAUGAAAGAGUUAUCGUCAUCUCUGCGUAUUGGGAUGUCUCACUACCUCACGGAACCAACGUGGAAACGAAUUAUAGAUACCAUGCAGGUAGAACUAAACUGCUGUGGAAUAGAGAGACCGAGUGACUGGCAUGAAAUACCCUGGAUCAAUAUAGACUUCCUGAACGAGGAGUCUGACCUGGUUAUGAAAAUAGCAGGUGCGGACGGUAAAGUGCUGGCCCCUGUGUCACCGUAUUCCUGUUGUUCCCCAAAUGUGCUGACCUCCUGCUAUCACGAUCCUUUACAGCAGUGGGAGUGGCGGGAGGAGUGGUGGCGCGGCGCGCUGGCGGGCGCGUCGCUCAACGCGCGCGCGUGCCUGGACGCCGUGCGCGCGCCGCUCGCGCGCGCCACGCUUGCGAUGCAUCUGUUCAAUAUACUCGUUAUACUGCUGCAGGUGGUGAUAGUGCUGCUCACGUACGUGGUGUGCAGGGGAGCGCUGGAGGCGGUCUCGCGGGGAGACUGGACCGAACACCAUCAUACCAUGGACGCACAUAACAUGGAGUCAGAGAUGAGCGUGGGUGCUUGCGCGCUGUCGCUGCGCAGGCGACGCUCGCGGAGGAAACUGCGCACGCGCAGCUAUCCCUACUUAUCUUGAUAUUUAUCCCUCAAGAUAUUAAUUAUAAAUAAGACUAGGUAUGUUUUGUUGUA